UUCACCUUUAUCGCAGCGUUGCGACGCACCCGCGACAACGCGCGCGACACGACCCGACCCGUGGUGACCAUCGGGCAGGUAAAGUCCUACAUGGACCAUCACUGUCACAAUUCCACGGACAGGCGUAUCCUCAGCAUGUUCCUGAACAUCUGCAGUGAUCUCAGCAAGCUCUGCCACAGGCUGGAAACCGUGCACCCCGGUAACAACAUAACCAACGGCAUUUUGGAGAGAUGCAAGCUGCUCCUCAGCCACAGCAACGAUCUGAGCGCCAUCCGAGCAAAAUACCCCCAUGACGUUGUGAAUCACCUGAGCUGCGACGAAGCAAAGAAUCAUUUUGGAGGGGUGGUGAGCCUCAUCCCCAUCGUUCUAGACUGCAUGAAGGAGUGGGUAACCCAGACGGAGAAGCUGUCACAGCACGUGAGUGCAAUGCAAAGUAGCUCCUGUUCUUUGCUUCCUGCUGGAAGACACUCCUGAAUAAACGAUUUCCCCUUGCA